GAUAAGACGCCUUAAGUUUGAUUCCGCCAGAGACAGUCUAAAAAAUUCGAAAGUUUUUAAAUAAUUGCAGAAAAUGUCGGAAAUUGAGGUUUUCAACGAUUCUAUCCAGUUUGUGUGCGAUUUGUGCUCGCUGAGGUAUUCUACGUUUGAGAUCUUGAUGACUCACAAUCGGAUCAAACACUACCACUCGAUACGGUUUCGGUGCGGGUUGUGCAACGAGGCUUUCAUGAACGAGGAUGACCUGCACUGCCAUUUUAUCCUGACGCAUCGGGUGGACCCAUACGACCUGGAAUGCAAUCAGAUGAUUCAAAACAAGAAGGCUCUACAGGAAAUGGUGUUAUCGGACGACGAACGGAAAAGAAUUAUGUCCCGCUGUGAUACUCAAGAUGCAUUCGGUGAUGAUGGUGAUGACGAUGAUGACGAUGAGGGUGGACUGACGUUUGGCCAUCCGUGUAGUCACGACUCGGAUUAUGAUGAUGAUGAUGAACUGGAACUUAACUACAAUGAACUGUUCAAGAAGCGGAAACAGAGCGCUAUGACUCAAGAAGAGAUCAUGGAACUGGCAGAUGUGUUUAAAAAACCGUCCGAGGCCAUUUGUAUCUCCAAAUUGCAUUUCUAGACCAGUGCUGGUGGACCACACAGAGGAAGAUGGAUAUCAUGAAAAAAGGUGUUAAUUUUUCGAUCUGUUUCGAUUCGCAGUUUUUGCAACAUGUGUGCAUGCAUACCGCUCUACUUCCCCUCAGUGUGCUAUGAUAGGUA